AUGUCUGGAGAAGGCAAAAUCGCCAUCGUCGGCAGGUUAGUCGCAUUUCUUUCUUUUUUGCCGUCACCUGACCGUCCAGUUGCAGUGGUCUCGUCGGUUCCAGCUGGGCGACGAUAUUCGCCAGUUCUGGGUACAAUGUUCAAAUGUACGACAUUUCGGAGAACCAACUCAAGACCGCCCUCGAAAAUGUCGAGAGGAACCUUAGGAAACUUGACGUAAGCACUCGAAUUAAUCAGGAAAUAUUCUGAUUUAUGUUCUAGGAACACGGCCUCCGCAGAGGAAAUCUUUCGGCCGAAGAGGCCCUUCAGCACGUCUCCGCCACCGUUUCGCUGGAAGAAGUAAUGAACGACGCAGUUUACGUGCAGGAGUCCGCACUCGAAGACGUGAAUUUCCGCAUUGACUUCUACAAAAAACUCGAUGCGCUGGCCGGGCCGAACACUAUUUUGGCGAGUAGUACAUCGACCAUCCCUGCUUCCAAAUUCACCGAGGGCCUCAAGAACAGGCACUGUCCGUCCUCCUCUUAUCAUGUGUUCACUAUUUGCCUUGCAGAGAACGUUGUCUUAUCGUGCACCCCGUGAACCCUCCGCUCUAUCUCCCACUCACGGAGCUCGUUCCUGCUCCGUGGACCUCCCAGGACACUGUAGACAGAGCGGCGGAGAUAAUGAAAUCAGUGAAGCAGCAGCCGGUGAAACUGAAGAAGGAGGUCCUCGGAUUCGCUGUCAAUCGAUUGCAGUUUGCUCUUCUCGCGGAGACGUGGCGUCUCGUUGCUGAUGACGUCAUCGGAGUAAACGACAUCGACACUGUUAUGUCUGCCGGACUCGGCCCGCGCUACGCCUUCAAUGGACCAUGCGAAACGGUGCAUCUGAAUGCGUUCGGAGUCAGAGACUACUUCAGAAGAUAUAGAUCCGGAGUGAGCACGGUACGUCAAAGCGAAGAAAACUCGAAAUGAUACAACCAAUUAAACUUUCAGGUUCUAAAUGAUAUGGGAGGAAUUCCGGACUUCACAGAUGAGUCUGUGAUUCAGAAGUUAGAAGCAGAACUUGAGCCAAAGAUGGGAACGGCCAACAUUCGCGAGUUCCAAGCGGCUAGAGAAGCGAAGCUGGUUGAGAUAUCCAAACUGAAGAAGAGCUUGAAUCUCUAG